UGGAUUCCUGGGUUGGAAAGAUCCACUGGAGAAGGGAUAGGCUACCCACCCACUCCAGUAUUCUUAGGCUUCCCUUGUGGUUCAGCUGGUAAAGAAUCCGCCUGCAAUGCGGGAGACCUGGGUUCGAUCCCUGGAUUGGGAAGAUUCCUUGGAGAAGGGAAAGGCUACCCGCUCCAGAAUUCUGGUCUGGAGAAUUCCUUGGAGAGUCGGACACGACUGAGCAACUUUCACGUUCACUUCACUUCACUCCAUGGAGGAUGUAUGUGUAAAACUAUCAACCAAGGAGAGAGGUUUCCUACAUAAAUUGCUUUUUUGCUAAUACUAAAACUGUAUACCUGAUUGAAUUAAAUAACUAUGUGUUAGACAUUUAAUAUCUAUUAUUGUCUAUUAAGAAAAUCUACUCUUUCCUUGGGAGGGUUGCCUAUAAUGGUAAUAUAAUCCACCUGUUGGGUAAUAUUCCCUGAUCCUCAGCCCAUUUUGCACCUGCGGUGUGCCUUUUGUCAGAGGUGGGUAUGCAAAAAGCCAGGGGUGGAGGUGGGUGAGAAUUAAGUAUUUCUUUCUCAUGUGAAUGGGAGGAGCCCUUUAUUCCACCUCCUGAAAACCCCCAUUAAAAGCUGCCACUGCCCCAGACAACCACAGAGCGGGUUCUUUAGCAGGGAGCCAGAAUGACUGCUAAUUCCAAAUUUAUUGACUACAUUGAUGAAGCUUUGGAAAAAUCAAAAGAAACUGUACUAUCUCACUUGUUUUUCACCUAUCAGGGGAUUCCUUAUCCAGUCACCAUGUGCACCUCAGAGACUUUCAAAGCCCUGGACGCCUUUGAAGCCAGAAGCGAUGACAUAGUUCUAGCAUCUUAUCCAAAGUGUGGUUCUAACUGGAUUCUCCACAUCAUUAGUGAAUUAAUGUUUGCUGAUUCUAAACAAAAGUAUGAAUACCCAGAAUUCCCAGUUCUUGAAUGUGGGGACCCAGAAAAAUAUCAGAGAAUGAAACAGUUUCCAUCACCAAGGAUUUUGGCAACUCAUCUCCAUUACGACAAAUUACCUGGGUCCAUCUUCAAGAACAAAGCCAAGAUACUGGUGAUAUUUCGAAACCCUAAAGACACAGCAGUAUCUUUUUUCCAUUUCCACAAUGAUGUUCCUGAUAUUCCAAGCUAUGGCUCUUGGGAUGACUUCUUCAGACAGUUCAUGAAAGGACAAGUUUCCUGGGGAAGUUAUUUUGAUUUUGCAAUUAAUUGGAACAAACAUCUUGAUGAUGAAAAUGUUAUGUUCAUAUUAUAUGAAGACCUGAGAGAGAAUCUGGCCACUGGAAUAAAACGAAUUGCUGAGUUCUUAGGAUUCUCUCCAUCUGGGGAGCAGAUUCAAACUAUUUCGGCACAGAGUACCUUCCCUGCCAUGCGAGCAAAAUCCCAGGAAACACACGGUGCCGUGGGCCCGUUCCUGUUCCGCAAAGGUGAAGUUGGUGAUUGGAAAAGCCUGUUCAGUGAAACUCAGAACCAGGAAAUGGAUGAAAAAUUCAAAGAGUGCUUAGCUGACACUGCCCUGGGUACAAAGUUGAAGUAUAACUCAUACUGCCAGCCUUGAUUCUGGUCAACUCAGCUUAUUUUCCUUAAUAAUAACUGAAUUUAAAUAUCAAUAAGUACAUAAUAAUCUAAUCAAUAAUGAUAAUUAAAAACAUUCAGACAUAAACAAUCUGUUUAAUAAUGAAAACAAAUGAAAAUUUUGAGCACAAACUUAAGUUUGUUCACUUUUUACAGAAAGAUACUUUAGCCAUCCAAAAGGGAUGCUGUAUUUAAUGAUGUAUCCUGGAGUUUUAACUUCUUUCAUGCUCUGGGUUCACACAAGACCAUAAGCCAACACUAUCAGAGAUAUACCUAAAUCUGUUUGAGCACAGAUGAGACAGGCCUUUCUGUCUGAUCACAGGAAGGCCUGUGAUCAUGAUCGUAAUCUGUGAUCCUCUCACAAAAAUCCCUCUCUUCCUCACUAUGGAUCAGAGCCCUUGUGAUCUGAUCCUUUCUGAACUUACUGCUGUGGGAAAUUUAAUUCCAAUUCUUCCCUGAAGUAAAAUGAAUAAAUCCUAUUCUAAUUUGAUUCAAGAAAAACACAUUGCUUGUGUACUCUUCGUAUGUCAUUUCAGAAAGCUCUAUGGAGGCCCACUCUCAAGGGACUUUAUAUUUCUACUUAAUACAAGCUUUACUUUAAAGCUAAAGAUUAGAGGUUGUGUUAUUCUGGCACGACGGCUUUCCUACCAGAGAGCCUCAAGUAAGCAUGUGGAAUCUAUAAGAGAAAGCAGAAAAUGUUCCGGG